AUGGUUUAUGGAAGCAUGAUGAUAGAGAAGUUCAAUGGAAGAACUAGUUUUAAAGACUUUAUCCAGUCAUUGGAGUGCCUGUUUACCCUUAAUGAUGUAGAAACUGAUGGAAAGAAAUUGGCUAUGUUAGUAUUUCACUUGGGUCCAGAAGUAAGAGAAGUGGUAGAACAAGCAGAUGAGGAUGAAAGAAAGUCGUACGAAAAUUUGAAGAAUUGGUUGGAAAACAAAUUCAAUGAUAAAAUUUUAGCUUUGAGAGCUAGAGAUGAAGUUAAGUAUUACAAAAUUGAUUAUAGAGACUUUGAGAAGUCUUUGAGAAAGUUAUUGAAACUUAUAAGUACUGGUUUUGCGAGUUUUAAAGGAAAAGAGUUGAUGGAGGUUCAAUUGUCAUGGUUGAUGCAGAAAUUAGAUGGUGCAGUAUAUGAUAGAUUGUAUAACAACUCUUAUAGAUAUACGAACACAGAAGAACUUGUAGAUGAUUUGGUAUAUGCAUAUAGGCAUGCAAAUAAAAGAAAUGGCGGUAAUAGAAGGAAAGACUUUAUACCAAGCGAGAAAAAUGAUGAAAAAUCAACUACAAAAGUUAGUGGGAUGAAUAGUAGAAAAAGACUUUGUUACAUAUGUCAAAGUGAGGAGCAUUUGGCAAAUAAGUGUCCAAAUAAGGUAGUGAAACAAGAAGGGACUAAUUGGAAUGCUAAUUUGGUACAAACCAAAGGAUACCAGAAAAUAGCGGGUCCAACGUAUAGAAUUGAGUUUAUGGUAGGAGAUGAGAAGAUAAAAAUUCAUUGUGAUUCAGGAACACCUAUUUCAGUAAUGACUAGAAAAUGUGCAGAUAAUUUGAAGCUUACUAUUGAGAAAGUUCAAGAUGUAGAUAUGGUUGCUAAAGGAGUGGCAAAUGGAGAGUUGUUAAUUAAAGGAAUAGUGAGCUCAUUUACUCGAGUUAUGAGUUUCAGACUUAAAACUUUUUCAAGAUACAUUUUGCGUCAUAUCUCGAGUUCAAGAAGAGAUACAAAGACGAGACCAAGUGCAAUCAACUCCUCAGAAAAAUGUGAUCUAGAAAAAACACUUUUUUCUAGACCAACUUUUAAAGAGAAAUCGAAUGAAACUAGUCCUAUGAAAAAAUUUCCGCCUUUUGCUGUAUCUCGCUUCAAAAUACAGGGUCCACGUUCAAAUAAUUUUUAUAUCUCUAUUAGUUUUUUAGAUACAAAAAAUGAUGACAAAAGAAUUGGGCGCGCAAAAAUACCAAACGAUGUAUCUCAAGAACAGUUGAAAUUUAGAAAACAUUUUCAACGUAGACCAUAG